UCUACUUUUCGUUAUGUGUAUUGUUGGUUGCUUAGAAACCAAUAAUUUGAAUACAAACUUUUGAAAACUUGCACAAAUAUAUUUUUUCUAAUUCUAAAAAGUAUGUUAUUAAAUGGAAAAGGACUAGCUUCAGCUAAUCGCAUGGACAAACCUGCUAAAGAUAUAUUGGAUUGUUCAGAGCCACCUCCGAUGGAAAAACUGAAUUGGCUGAUGCACUUGCAACAUAUUCGAGGAGAAAUUGAUUUUUGCAAGAAAAUAAUUAAUUUAGAGUUGGCCAGAAGCGAUGGAAAAAAUGAAUAUGCCUUUUUUAAACAGGGAUCAAUAUUAAAAGAGGAAGGACAUAUACAGGAGGCUCUUGAAAUAUUUCAAAAAUGUUUGAAAAUGAACCCAGAUAACGCUAUAAUAUUGAGGGAAAUGGCAAAAUGUCUCUAUGAUAUGCGCAGAUUUAGACUUGCUUUAAACGCAUAUCUUGAAGCUGAGUCUUUAUUGAAAAAUCCUGAUUGGAAGUUGUGUUAUUUUAUAGCCCAAUGUUACUUGAAACUUGGAAAUAUAGAAAAAGCAAAAGAGUACGCCCAUAAAUCAGUCAAAAUGGGAAAACAGGAAGAAUCUUACGGUUUAUUGAUGAAAAUUUUAGUAUCAGAGCGUGACUUGAAGUCAGCCAUCGCUGUAUCUAAUGCUGCAACUGAAUGUUGCCCGGAUAGCGUAAACAUGCUAACAGAAUCCGGAUUGCUCUAUCUAAAGGCUGGCCAGUCUCAGUAUGCCUUUGAGCGAUUGAGCCAAGCUUUAGCUUUAGAGCCUUCUCAUUCUAAAGCCCUAUUGGGUAUUGGAUGCAUUACUAUGAAACAUGAAGAGUAUGAUGUGGCUUUGACCAAAUUUAAGAUAGCUGUAUUACACGAACCAGAAUCAGUAGCUUUGUGGAACAAUAUUGGAGUAUGCUUUUAUGCAAAGCAAAAAUUUGUUGCGGCUAUAAGUUGCCUGAAAAGAGCUCUUUGGAUAGCGCCGUUGAAUUGGAAAAUCAUCUACAAUUUGGCAUUGGUGUACCUAGCUACUCAGCAACCAGCCUCAGCAUUUAAUUUUGCUUGCGCAGCUGUGAAUUUGAGACCUGAUGUUGCUGAGUGCUUUGCACUACUUGGUUAUACGUUGUUUUAUCUGAAAGACGCUGAAAACGCGUUAAAGGCGCUUUCACACGCUUGCGCUUCUGCUCCAAAUGACGUUACGAUGACGGCAAACGCAGCUCUGCUUACAGCUGUAACUGGAGAUUUCAAAUCGGUCCUAAAUUACAUGAAGAAAUACCACGAACUAGUGGAAACUGGAGAAAAUGUCCCUAAUGAGGUUUCUAGAUUAAUGGAGAGCUUAGCGCCGAUCCAUCAAGCCGACCAAACUGGCCGGGCGGACCGUGAAGAUGGUGUCGUUGAUAUUAAUGAAACGUCCGAAAAUGUGGCAAAGAAUGACGCAGAUAUGGCUGGCACAGAGGAAUCUGGUGGAAAGUAUAUGGAAGAAGAUGAAGUCUAG